AUGGAUUCCCUCAGUACAGCCAACAUUGAAUUUUGCCUUGAUGUGUUCAAAGAGCUGAACAAUGACAGCAUGGGAGAGAACAUCUUCUUUUCCCCUCUGAGUCUGAUUUAUGCCCUAAGUAUGAUCCUCCUUGGUGCCCAAGGAAACAGUGCAGAGCAGAUUGAAAAGGUGCUUCACUUGAAUCGCAUUGUAGAAUCAUUAAACCCAGAAUUUAAGGACACAUGUAAGUGCAGUGGAGCUGGAAGAAUUCAUUCAGAGUUGGAAGCCAUAUUCUCUCAAAUCCAUCAGCCAGACUCUAACUAUACCCUCAGCAUUGCCAAUAGACUCUUUGGGACAAAUGUGAGGACAUUCCAUCAGAUAUAUUUAAAUAGUUCUGAGAAACUGUAUGGGGCUCAACUGCAAACUGUGGAUUUUGAGCAUUCUCCUGAAGAAACAAGGAAAACUAUUAAUGCUUGGGUUGAAAGUAAAACCAAUGGAAAAGUUGUGAACCUCUUUGAAAAGGGAACAAUUGAAUCUUCCUCUGUAUUGGUCUUGGUGAAUGCCAUAUAUUUCAAAGGACAAUGGCAAAAUAAAUUUAAUGAAGGAGAAACGACUAAAACCUCCUUUCAGCUAAGUGAGGGUGAGAGUGUGAUUGUGGAAAUGAUGUAUCAAAGUGGGGUAUUUAGACUGGCCUCCAUCACGCAGCCACAGAUUCAGAUCCUCGAGCUACCUUAUAUCAACAACCAACUUAGCAUGCUUAUUCUGCUCCCAGUAGGCACAACUAAGCUAGAACAGAUAGAAAAUCAGUUGAAUGUGAAGACGUUCCAGGAGUGGACCAGCUCUUUCAUUCUGGUGGAAAGAGAAGUAGAAGUGCAUAUCCCCCGAUUCAAACUGGAGAUAAAGUAUGAUCUGAAUUCCCUGUUGAAAUCUCUAGGGAUAGUAGAUGUCUUUGACCAGAACAAAGCUGAUCUUUCUGGAAUGUCAUCGCCUAGGGGCCUGUAUUUAUCAAAGGUCGUCCACAAGUCCUAUGUGGAUGUCAAUGAGGAGGGCACUGAGGCUGCAGCUGCCACUAGAGAUAUCAUUGCGGUAAAAAGGUUCCCAAACCGAGCAAAGUUCAUAGCCAACCAUCCCUUCCUGUUCUUCAUACGGCACAUUCGCACCAACAACAUUCUCUUCUGUGGCAAGCUCGCCUCUCCAUAA